AUGACGAUCGCACUCCCUGAACAUGAGGGUGAAGAGGAUAAUCCCAAGGCUCUGCCAUGGGCACUGCCUAAGAUACUGAUUGACGGAGGAAGCUCUGUCAAAAUUUUAUUUUAUGAGACGUUCAAACAUAUGGGCCUAAAAGAUGAAUAUUUGAUACCGUCGACACAUAACUUUUUUGGCUUUAAUGGCUCAUCCACUUGUCCAAGAGGCGAGAUAACUUUAGAAAUACGUGUAGGGAAAAUCCUGACUUUAACUACCUUAUGUGUGGUCGAUGUAAUCUCACCUUACACUGUCAUUGUCGGACGAUCCUGGGUCCAUGGCAUUAAAGGGGUUGCAUCAACAUACCAUCAUAGGUUAAGAUUCCCAACACCUGAUGGGAUCUAUGAGAUCAUAGGAGAUUCGGGCGAGGAUAAAUAUUGUUACAACAUGGACGUACAUAAUGGUGAGAAUAAGGUCAAUACUCCAAAAGCGAAGAAGAAGAGAGCCAAAAAGGCUAGGAGCCAAAAGGAGAUCGAUACUUACAUCGCAUAA